GCAGGAGGAGGAGGAGGAGUGGCACAGGUACACUGGAUAUUCUCGCUGGGUUUGAAGAGGGAGGAGAUGAAGGGGAAAAACCUUGAGGGCAGCAUGGCAACACAAACCUUAUAAAGAGGGAGGCACACCCAGCCGGUGGCCAUAGUUGAGCUCUCCUCCCUGACAGCGACAGCAGCAGUAACAGCAGCACCUGGCAGUCGUCAUGCUCAGCCUCAUUAAAUUACCACGAGUCUUCACCAUCAAUCAAGUGCCAAAAGUUUUCCACGAGGACAGCAUCAUCUCCGGCUACCGACACCCCCGCAGCUCAGCCACCGACUGCAUCCUGAGCCUCUUCCAGCUGACCAAUGAGACGCUCAACAUCUGGACCCACUUCCUGCCCACCUGGUACUUCCUAUGGAAAUUAGUGACGGUGGUGCUGAUGCAGACGGCAUGGCAGGACUCCUUCAUCUGGCCUCUGUUGAUCUUCCUGCUCACCUGCUGCAUUUACCCGCUGGCGUCGAGCUGCGCUCACACCUUCAGCAGCAUGUCAGUGCGGGCACGCCACAUCUGCUUCUUCUUUGACUACGGCGCCCUCAGUUUCUACAGCAUUGGGUCAUCGAUCAUCUACUCAGCUUAUGUUUUCCCGGACAAAUGGGUGAACAGCCUCUUCCACAGGUGCUACAUCCCCAUCACUGUGAUCAACAGCGUCAUCUGCACCAGCGUCGCCUGCUACUCCAGGCUUGGCUUACCGUAUCUGCAAUAUAAUCAUGACACCGUGAUGAGAUUUCCUGAAAGCCAGAGUCCAAAGUUCAGCAAAUACCUCCGAGUUGUUGCCUUCGCCUUCCCCUACCUGUUUGACAACAUUCCUCUGUUCUACAGGGUGUUUCUGUGUGUAGGAGAGGGCUGCACAGACAAUGAUACCAACAUCCUCCACUACUACCACAUCGCCUUGGCUUUCCUCACAGGCUUUCUGUUCGCCACACAUCUACCUGAGCGCCUGGCGCCUGGCAGCUUCGACUACAUCGGUCACAGCCAUCAACUCUUCCAUGUGUGCGGCAUCCUCGGCACCCACUUCCAGAUGAAGGCCGCUGAGCAGGACAUGGUGACACGGCGCCCCUGGCUCCUUGAACACUCCAUCCCCAUCACCUUUGCCAACUCACUGGGUGUAGCGCUGCUUUGUGUGGUGGUGAAUCUGAUUAUCAUCCUCCUGUACAGUUUACCUCUGCUCUCUGCUCCAGUCUGCCCAGAGAAGAAACAUGAUAAAGAUCCAAAGAAAGCCUCAGCCAAGGUCUGCCCCUGCUACUAAACCUCCGGCUUCAUAAGUCGGACAUGCUGGAGACAUGCGAACAGAGGGCAUUAUGGGUGAUAUAUGUACAAUUCCUGCCACAAAAUCUUGAUCGAGAACAGUCAGAUGACUGACAGGGCUUCUCUAUUUUGUAGAAAGUCCGUUUUGACAAACAGAUCUUAUUUUGUAUGGGGGGGGGUUUGUACUGCAGAACAAAAAGCCAUAAAAUGGUUCGACCAGACUGACAAUUGAAAGGGCAGAAAAAGACAAAAAUACCUCUGAGUAACAGUUCAACAAGAUAAGAAAAAAUCACCAAUAAGAAGAAAAAGAAACUGGAAGCUAAGUGUAAAUUGUAACAGGUUCCUGUUUCAGUGUCAAGUGCACAAUAAUGCCUUUAACAAGCUGGAAUUAACAGCAGUGUGUCACUUUCACAAAGCUGUUCUUCAAACUACACAAUAGAAGAAGAAGGUUAGUGUCGGGUUAGCACUGUUGGACCUGGAUCAGAAGGUGUCAGGUGAACAUAUUAUGAAAAAUAUUUUUAAAGCCCAGUUUCACCAGUGUGGUUCAAUAAUGAUCGGAGGUCACUUAAACUCUUUUGGACUUGAAAACAAAUUCAGAAUCCAAGUUACAACAGUAUUCUCCCCUGUAAUGCAACACUUGGGGACGUACACUAAAUCAUAGAAUUCUUCUUCUUUGAGGUUAAAACUAUUUCAAAUAACAAUAAUUUAAAAAAAAAGAUUCAUUUGGUCUGAAUCUCAGUUUUUUAAUGUCCGUUAAAGGUCUAGUGUGUUGGAUUUAGUGGCAUCUAGUGGUGAGGAUGCAGAACUCAAGAGCCAGUGUUUGAUUUGUCCAUUCUGGGCCACUAUAGAACACCAUGGUAGACUCUGUAAAGCUGGAUCAGGUCUCCAGGACCUCCAAUCAGUAGUGACGCACAGGUCAACAUAACAGCCUGUGGGUCCUGUGGGUUGACCCGCAGGUCAGGCAGUUUGACCUAUCUGUUGAAGUCUGAUAGAUUUAUAUCUCUUUGGUCAUGAUGUCCAGUAAAAAUAUUUCCCUCUGCAGAUAUGUAGGCCUAACACAAUGUCCUAAAAGCCAGCUUGUACCUCUCUGUCCACACUGAAUCUGUUAAAUAUGCACUUCUGUGACGUCAUGUAAACAAACCACGUUGGUUAUUAGCUGUGCACUCAAAAUCUUCGCUUAAGGCGUUGCUGUCUCUUUGUCGGUUUUUAAAGGAGAAAACACACAUUUUACAUUGUGGUAUUUAAUUGAAAUGACUGACAAUAUGAGACGGCAUCUUGGCGUCCGGUGUCUAGUAUACAUCUCUGAAGAAGACCCGCUCCACAUGUAGAUAUAUACGGCUCAUUCUAAGGUUAAGAAAAAACACAUCCAUUCCUAAUUUCAGGUGAUUAUAAACUAAUAAAAAAACAUUGUUUUUAAUAUUAUAUUCUAUUUCUGCCAACUCCUACACACUAGACCUUUAAAACGGUUAUUAUUAGGAAAAACAUCAGUAUAAGAGGUGAUUCCAUCUUUCAAACAUUUUUAAGAACCCUCCUGAAUUACAAGGAGACUGAAUGCUAUCAAGUAGUCUGCACUGAACUCGAGGUGGUGCUUGGCCUUCAGACAUCACUGUGACGACUGCUGUUAGAUGUGAGCGAAAAUGAAAAUCAGGUUGCAUGUUGCAUGAGCAUAUAAUGGAAAUUAAACAAAAUGCUCGUUACCAUAAUAUGUAAUGAAUGUAAAUGUUUCUGAGGAAAGUCUUUCGUACUGAAAAAGCUAUGAAUGUAGCAUGUUAGCUACAUUAUGAGGCAGUUCUGUGUGUCUGUAAAGUACUGAUUUGCUCAGUUUUCUGAUUUCCACACGUGGAGUAUGAAGAGAUUGUCAGCUGCAAAGAACAAAAAUUAUGUAAAUUUAAAAAUGCAGAUUUCACUUUCAAUUUUCAAUUGUAGUGCUGCAUUAACACUCCGUGCCUUUUCAUAUUUAUAGUGCCUGUGCUUGUACAGAGUCCAUUGUAUACUACUGUCACUCUUAUAAAACAUGUCAAGACUAAAGAGACAGUUAUGACAAGGGAAGAAAGAUGUUUUGCUCUUGAGUUUGAGCUGCCUGCAGAGCAGCAACUAAAUAAUUAAAAGUUUAGUUAAUGUUCCAUAAGAUAUAUGUAAGACAGAGUAAAUGUUUUCAGAGUAGUUUAUUUCCCUUAUAUGAUUGCUGUGUCCGUCCCUGUAACCCUGUGAGACAUGCCAAAGAUAAAGUAUUUAUGUGCAAUGUUAUUUAUUAUGAUUUUUCAAAUAAACUAUCAACAAAA